UAAAGUUGUACGCUAUUCUUAGUCAUCGCAAUGCAGAACAACCAAGAGGCACUGGACGCGCUCGUGGCCAAGGAGCAAGCAGGCGCCAAGAGAGACGACAAGGCGGAUCUCAACUUGACGUACCCGACCGGCGAACAGGCCGUUGUUUUCGACAGCGAUGGCUGCGGCUUUUGCUACUACGAGACGGGCCGCGUCGCUGUGUGCGUCAGCAAGGUGAACGCUCUCCAGCGCCGCCACACCUUUUACGAGAACAACCGACUGAAGCGCAUCUUGUGCUCGAUCGACGAGCACGUUGUCGGCGCCGCGGGCAAGCCCCACGGCACCAAGCUCGUCAUGACCAAAGACGGCGCGAUUCUCUCGGACGGCCACAAUGAUAUUGUUCACCAAUGGCGCUGGAACCCGCACGCGCAGAACGCGGGGACGCCGCCGACGGACCCGAUUGUUAUUGCGCUCAACGAAACCAUGACCUUCAAAUACGUCGACCGCAAGAAUGUGUCGGUGAAGUUCGUCAACUGCGGCAUCGCCCUCGAGUUUCACUGCGGCGAAAAGCUCAAGCGCGAAGACACGUACCUCGGGCACAGCCGCCGAAUCACUUCCGGGCCGCUGCGGGGCAAGCUCUUGGUCGACACGAGUUGUCCGAACCUUGUGCAGCGCCAAAAGCAAAUUGAGCUGGCGGCAUUGGAGAAGCGCAGCAAGCAGCAUCCACGAAGCGUCGACCUGCAGCACCCGUCCAUCAAAGAGGUCGUCACGGGCCUCGAACGCAAAUUUGACAAUUACGAGGGGUGCAAGGUGACGCCAUACUGCAGCGGUAAUUGGCUCCACGAUGCGCGCGAACGAACAUUGGCCGAGCUCCCCGUGCUGCCCCCAACGGGGUUCGAAGUCGGGACAGAGCCGACACUCUUUGGCCAGCCGAUGCAGCCGCACGAAACAAAGCAUUUGCUCCACAAGCUUAAAAACAAGGACGGGCAGUGGCUUGCGUCGCUCGAAAUUCGCCAAAAACUCGAACACGCCAACCCCGUGCUGCCACGAACAGCAGUUCUUUGUAAUGCCAGUGGUCGCUACAGCGUCGACAUUCAGGUGCCCGGAGGUAGCGCUGUGCCCAUGGGCCUGCGCCUUGAAGUGGUCUCAGCGUCGCAUCUCGACGAAUUUCUGGUCUCAGAUUGCGGCACUGACCAAAUCGUGCUCGUGGCAUGCUUGCGCGAAGACGACCGGCUCAGCCGCCACGCUGAGAAGGUGCUCGAACUCGUGCACCAAGUGCUGGGUGAAAAACCCGACGAGCUGCAACAACACGCCUUUUCCCAGUCGCUUGUGGCCAACAUUACCAACCACAAGUAUCGUCUGGUCAAAGUCGACUUGGCUGAGUCGCGCGCGCUCGCCAAGCGGUAUCGAGUGCACGCCGCUCCAACCUUUCUCUUCUUUUUCGAAGGCAAGCUGGUCAGCGUCUCGAGUCUGGGGGGACAAGCCCUGCGCAUCACGCCGACGACCAAGAACGCAAGCCUCACGCACCUCAUGGACCAGCCGCCGCGGACGCUUCUGGUCCAGGCCAACGUCAAGCUGCACGUGGCCAAUGAAAAGAUUCUGCGCAAGGAGCAAUUCGACUGGGACCUGGCCAUGAACGGAGAGCAAGCCCUCGUGCGCUUUGCCAAGAUGAGCAAAGCUCCAGCAGUCAACAACGUCGUGCCCAGCUACGACCUCGUUGUGCUCAGCGACGAUCUUAGCGAGGCCGACGGGCGUCUCCUUGACCGGUUUCUUCGGUCGGGCGACGGCAAGAAGGGCAAAUCGAGCGACGUCGUUGUCUGUCUCCUCUUGACCGCUCCGACCGUUGAAAUUGCCUUCUCUACUUUGAUCUGUGACCCGUGUCGCGUCGCGCACGGCCGUCGCACGAGCACAGCCGCCGAGAUUUCGGGGGUGUGCCCCCACUGCGGCAUCGUCCAGAAGAAGCUGGCGGCAGAGUUUGUGCCAAGCGCGCUCGCCGCCAUGGCGCACAUCGUCGUCUACAAGCACCUCCGAGCACCAACGCUCCACCGUCUCGCAGAGUACUGGCGAGAGCGUGUCGUGCGGCGCAAGUCGGACCAGCUGCACCGCGGGCCUGAGGUCGAGGCGCACUUGGGCUUCACAAAAGAGGCGUUCUUUCGAGAGAUGGACCUCGCACUUCACAACGGACGCCAAGGCCAUUUUCUCUCCAAGUCCCACAUCCCCGAGAUGGCACUGAGCGCCAACGAGACUUUAGUCGGUGCUACAAACCUCACCAAGCCGCCGCAUUCCGCUUAAUCGAACGCCCUUUGAAUCCAUCGCAAACCAGACAUACCCUUCGCCCUACUGCCGGUAACAAUACCGG